UCUGAAGCAAAAGUCUAGCCUACUCCACACCCACCAGCCCCACCUCGCCAAGCUCUCCAGCAGGCCGGGCCGGACCGGGCCACCAGGAAGGAGGAAAGGAAAACGGAGGAAGGGGCGGGGGAAAGUGACGGGAGCAGUGAGAGCCGGAAGUGAUUGGCUAGCGAGGAACCCAGGAGAGCCCUGUCCGGCGGCGCUCUAGCCUCCGCGCGCUGUCUCUGUGCUCCCCCGCGUCUCGUCUAUUUAUUGUCGCGGGGAAGCAGCGGCCGCCCUGUACCCGGAACAACAAAGCACGAAAGACUGAGCCCGAGCCUCGGGGGCUCCUAGCAACGGGCCGGGGCGGGAGUUCCAUGGAGACUGGGGAGCGCGCCCGCCUCAUCAUUAUCCUUGUCCUCCAGCUUAUCCUUCGCGUCCGCCGCAACCGGCAGCAGCGCUGCCGCCGCGUCCUCUGCCGCCGCCCGCUCUUCCCACGAACAAGAUGCCAUUUGAACUUAAGGAAGAUUGCUUUGGAGGGAGCAAAUGUAAUUUAUAAGCGUGACGUUGGAAAAGUAUUAAUGAAGCUUAGAAAGCCUAGAAUUACAGCUACGAUUUGGUCCUCAGGAAAAAUUAUUUGCACUGGAGCAACAAGUGAAGAAGAAGCUAAAUUUGGUGCCAGACGUUUAGCCCGCAGUCUCCAGAAACUAGGAUUUCAGGUAAUAUUUACAGAUUUUAAGGUUGUUAACGUUUUGGCAGUAUGUAACAUGCCAUUUGAAAUACGUUUGCCAGAAUUCACAAAGAACAAUAGACCUCAUGCCAGUUACGAACCUGAACUUCAUCCUGCUGUGUGUUAUCGGAUAAAAUCUCUAAGAGCUACAUUACAGAUUUUUUCAACAGGAAGUAUCACAGUAACAGGGCCCAAUGUAAAGGCCGUGGCUACUGCUGUGGAACAGGUAUACCCAUUUGUGUUUGAAAGCAGGAAAGAAAUUUUAUAAGUCAUCACGUAAUUGGUUAGAAUCCCAAACUGAGCACCUUUUAAAACCUGCUGCACAUUGGACUCAAAACAAAAGGAAAACUGGACCAACAGUAAUUGAGGAAAUAGACUCUUUUAUUCAUUCACGGCUACAGUGUAAGCUCCAGUCCCUUUGGAUUUUAUUUCAAACCUUGCUGUAAUAUAAAAAGGAAGUUUACAAGACAUGACAUUGCUGCUUUUACAAAAGGACAUUCUAUUUAUUUUCGCAGUAAUUUCAUGUCCCCACGAGCAGAGCUGUCACAGUGUGCACUACCUUAAAGUGUUUUGUUGUUGUCAUUAUUUUUUUCCAGUUUGAGCUGAUGUGUUUUAUUUGUGAAUAGUCUUUUACAUUUUUGUAUGCUGAACAUGGGCACCAAAGAACCUGUAAAAGUUAUCUUUUUCAAUUGAAUGUGCACAAAUAAAAGUUUGGAAAAGA